CUGUAGUCUUCAGCUCUUCGUGGCUUGUGGACGUGUGUUGAAGUGGAGGUAUCCUUUCCAGUAGUAUCUGCGUUAGAUCUCUCUCAUGUCGAAUCGGGAAGAACAACCCAUAGACUCUGGGUCAUCAGACGAUGAAAAUGGAAUCGGAGAAAAUAGCUCCUCAGAACCGGUGUGCCCAAUUUGUUUGGGCAAGAUAAAAGAAAAAGCAUUUGUUAAUGCAUGUCUUCACCAAUUCUGUUUUGGUUGUUUAUGGGACUGGAUUAAGGUAAAGCUCGAAUGCCCCCUGUGCAAACAGAAUAUUGUUUCUGUUUUCCACAAUGUUCGAGCUGAUGAUGACUAUAGUGAAAUACGAGUAGAAAGAACACAAGGAAGAGCUUUGUUGAAUCCUGAACGAAAUUAUUUAAGGAAUGCUGAAAUUAGACUUCAGGACCAGCAUGAGGUUCAACAUGGUCCUGUACUGCUCGGAAUGCCUGGCAAUGAGAGGCACCCAUUGCCUGCCAAUGAGGGGCAACGUGGCCAGGAGGCUAUGGAACAACUUGUCCAAGAGGAUGGGGGACAGCUUGACCAAGAUGGUGAGGGAGAAGCAUUACCAGAGGAAGAACAACAAGAUGAAGAACAAGAACAGAUGUUGCCACCACAAGAGGAAGAGAGGAGUGGAUCACAGCCUCAGGCACGGGCAGAUAUUUUGUCAUUCCAAGUACGCUUACGAUCCACAUCUCAGCAUUUGGAAAUCCUGCCUCACUUAUGUCAACUUCCUGCUUGUCGAACAGAACAUGGACCAGUUCAAAACCACCAGUCAUCACAAUCAAAUGUUCAAAUGCACCAAGAACGUCAUCCACAAUGUACAUGUCAUUCCCAUCAUGCUGCACACAAUGCAUUACACACUCACCACUCUGUGCAUCGUACCCAUGACCCCACACAUACCCAUCAUCCCACUCACCAAGUACAUCGUACUCAUCAUCCUACUCCCCAUGCACACCAUACCCAUCACCCCACUCUCCAAGAGCGCCAUAUUCAUCACUCUAUGUUUCAUGCACAGCACACAGAAACACAACAGUCUUCACAUGUGCCAGGUGUGCCAACCGAGACGCAACCACGUUCUCGUGGACAACAGACAUUUACAUCCCUCCUAAAUCUACCUCCUCCUACUCCCACUACACAUUCACAUCAAUAUGACCACCCACGGGUUCCUUUACAAUCACAGCCACGCCCCCAUCGAUCCCAACUUGCACUGAGCUUCCCACCAGUCAAUCGCCCAACAGCCCCUCCCUCUUCCUCACAUGCACAGUUCAAUCAACAGCUCUCACGCCAGACCUCACAUCCAAAUGACCAGCAUGCACAAGCUCAUCUUCAAACACAAUCACUGUCACCACAACGUUCAGACAAUGCAGCACAAACACCUCCACCUCCAUUAAUAAGAUUGUCAGACACUGUUCAAUCACAGUUCCAACCUCCACCACUAUUAAGAUUACCAGAAUCAAUGUCACCACCAUCACAUCCGCCACCAUUAUUAAGAAUGGAUGAAUCACAUUCUCCUACAUUGCAUUCUGAACUGCCACCUUCCCAACACAGUCAGUCAUCUCCACCAGCAUUGAUACCACUUUUAGAUGCCAUACAAACCCCUUCAUCAUGGCAACAGUCACAGUACAUACAGCAACCUCCAGCACAGAAUCAAGGUCAGCAGAGAUACACAUUGCCCGCUCAUAAUCUCAGCAUGGCCCAUUCAUCUCACUCAGAAAGUCAGCAUGGUAUCCAUGAGUCUGAGCCAUUAAAUCUUACAAGACCUUCUCAGAACACACUACUUCAAUAUGCGAUUCAAACCGCAUUAAAUUCUGUGGCGAUUCCCAGAGAAUCGCCACACCAAAUCUAUUCUCAGGGAAUAGGAAGUUCCAGAGUACCAGAUACUGAUGACUGUGUUGUAGUAAAACAUGUUAAGACUCGCCGUAGAAAAAUACGAGGAAUAUUGUCUUUUGAUGCAGAUGCAGAAUGGGCACAGGCAAAUGAGGGAAGAUUUCCACCCAUGAAUUCAAAUGCAUAUCUUUCUACUCCAUCAACUUCACGAAGUGUCCCAAAUUACAAUCAGGCACCUCCACCAAGAGAGUAUCAUUGGCGGGGACCAUUAAAGCGCAGGGGAGAAUAUGAUUCUUCUGAGAGCGAUACUGACUAG